GCUACACUACCUAGAUUUUCAUCCAAGGGGCUAUCCAUUGAAGAAGGGGAAUCACUACUAGAAAGGAGUGACAAAUUGGCAGUUGAAGCCCGUGAUAGUUUCUGGAAUUCAGUCAAAAGAAAUCUUGGGAAUAGAAAUAGAAGAGCUUUGGUUGUAGCCUCCAUUGGAAGCUAUGGAGCUUACCUUGUUGAUGGCUCAAAAUACAGUGGUUGCUAUGGACCAGAUGUUAAUUUAAAGAAGUUGAAGGAUUUUCAUCACCGUAGAUUGCAAGUUCUCGUUGAAGCUGGUCCAAAUUUGCUUGCUUUUGAGACCAUUCCAAACAAAGUUGAAGCUUAG